UCCUUCUGUACAUUAUAGUAAAAGGGUCUGAACUCUCAGGACAGUAAUGACGCAUCUCUUAAAGAGCCUCUGAAAAGGAUCUGACCUUUUCAAAUCUACAUUACCUGCAUUUCCUCCUCUAAAGAUUUUAAACCCGCUUCAAGGGAAUUACCAAAGAGCCCGUGUGACGACAUGUUGGUGGCUAAAAUCUUGUGCUGUUUGCUCUUAACGUGUCACCUCAGCGGGGGAAAGAAAAUCAAAGGAGAAAGAGCAAGUGUAGUGGACACAGAGCAGAGGAUUGUCCUGAAGGUGAAAGAGCCACAUGUCAGCAGUUCAGCCUUCAGCCUGUUUUUGGGAGGUGAGGACACCUGCACAUUGGACCCUCUGCAGCUGCACACUCUCACCUCCUGCGGUUUCAACAGCAGUAAUCCCCUCAUCAUCAUCACUCACGGGUGGUCGGUGGACGGUAUGAUGGAGAGCUGGGUGCUCAGGUUGGCUUCAGCUCUGAAGACAAAUCUAGUAUCUGUAAAUGUGGUGAUCACCGACUGGCUGUCACUGGCUCACCAGCAUUACCCCAUAGCAGUACAGAGCACCCGCACUGUUGGGAAAGACAUAAGUCACCUGAUGCAGACACUUCAGGACCAGUAUCAGUACCCACUGAAAAAGGUUCAUUUGAUUGGCUAUAGCCUCGGUGCUCACAUCUCUGGAUUUGCUGGAAGCUAUUUGGGAGGUUCAGAGAAGAUUGGAAGAAUAACUGGUCUGGAUCCAGCAGGGCCGCUGUUUGAGGGCAUGUCUCCCACCGACAGAUUGUCUCCUGAUGAUGCUGAAUUCGUAGAUGCCAUCCACACCUUCACCCAUGCACGUAUGGGCCUCAGUGUGGGCAUCAAGCAAGCUGUAGCACAUUAUGACUUCUACCCCAACGGAGGAGACUUCCAGCCAGGAUGUGACCUGCAAAACAUUUACGAGCACAUAUCCGAGUAUGGGCUCCUCGGUUUUGAGCAAACAGUGAAAUGCGCUCAUGAGCGUUCGGUCCAUCUGUUCAUUGACUCCGUGCUGAAUAAGGACAAGCAGAGCAUGGCCUACAGGUGCAGCGACAACAACGCUUUUGUCAAAGGAGUCUGUCUGGACUGUAGGAAGAAUCGCUGCAACACACUGGGCUACGAGAUAAAGAAGGUCCGCACCGUCACCAGCAAGAGGCUCUACCUGAAAACACGAUCUCGGAUGCCUUACAAACUCUAUCAUUACCAGUUCAGGAUCCAGUUCAUCAAUCAGGUGGAGAACAUUGAUCCCACCCUGACCGUCGCUCUCACAGGAACAAAGGAGGAGAGUGGAGACGUCGUCAUCACCUUCAAUGAAAAGAUUUCAGGCAACACAACCUUCACCUUCCUCAUCACCCUGGACAAAGACCUGGGGGACCUGAUGUUGAUGAAGCUGCACUGGGAGGGACUUGAUCUGUGGAAGAAUGUGUGGAACCGGGUGCAGACCAUCAUUCCUUGGGGCGGCAAGGAGACAAAACCGCUGCUGACUGUGGGCAGAAUCAGCGUGAAAGCAGGCGAGACACAGGAAAGGACGUCUUUUUGUGCCAUGAGAGACGACGGACAGCAGAUUGAAGUGUCUCAAGAUAAAGUGUUUGUGCGUUGUAAAGAAGACACACCAAAACAGCGCAGGAGGAAGCACAAGUGACGGACUUGUGAGAGUUGUGGGAUCUGUUCAACAGACUGAAGAUCUCUAAUGAAGCAUCUGGAAGAUCACAUCUGGAUACAAUUCUCACAGCUCACAGUGAGGCUAUGCAGAUUUAGGGAGUAAAUUUGAAAUCAUUAAUUGUCUGACAGAUGCCCUGAAUAGGAGAACUGAAUCCUGAGACAAUGAAGCUAAAAGAGGAAGAAAAUAAUAGUAAACUGUGUUCGAUUCUGUGAUAAAGUUGUUAAUAAGUUAAGUUUUGUAUGUGAAUUCUCUCAGCAUGGCAAUGCUAUUGUUCCAAACACCUGCCUAGGUCCACAUUUCAUUCUACAGCUGAAUGUUUAGAAAGCUGAAAGCUUGCCAAUUUAAAUAUUGAGGCAAUGAAAACAAAGUCUAAAGUUCCCUUCAAUAACAUUAAUUCUAAAGGUUGCUUUUUUAAAAUGUGCAUAAAACGAUCAACGUCAGCAUUUAAAAACCUACAUUACUAAUGUCAAUAACAUGACAUAAAUUCACUUUUUGAUCAGAGCAAUAAAAAUACUCAGUUCUUUUCUA